AUGGGUGCCUCUAGAAUUAUUUGUUGUCUUAUUUGCGAAGAAAGUCCAGAUAGCGCAAUAAGUCCAAGUCGUGAAGCAAGAUCAGGUAGUACAGUAAGUCCAAGAAGUGAAGCAAGAUCAGGUAGUGCACCGAGUCCAAGUAGCGCAGUAAGUCCAUAUAGCGCAGCAAGAACAAGAAGCACAGCAAGUCGAGUUAGCGCAAGUACAAAUUGCGCAGCAAGUCCAGAUAGCGCAAGUACAAGUUGCGUAGCAAGUCCAGAUAGCGAGACAAGUCCAAGUAGCACAGCAAGUCAAAGUAGCACAACAAGUCCAAGUAGCGUAGCAAGUCCAGAUAGCACACUAAGUCCAAUAAGCGCAGUUAGUCCAGAUAGCGCAGCAAGUACAAGUAGCGCAGCAAGUUCAGGUAGCACAACAAGUCCAUGUAGUGCAGCAAGUUCAGGUAGUGCAGCAUGUCCAGGUAGCGCAAGUACAAGUAGUGCAGCAAGUACAAAUAGCGCAGCAAGUCCAGGUAGCGCAAGUACAAGUAGUACAGCAAGUCCAGGUAGCGCAGCAAGUCCAGGUAACGCAGCAAGUUCAGAUGCUCAAGAAGUGCAGCAAGUCGAGGUAGCGCAGCAAGUCCAGGUAGCACAAGUCCAGGUAACGCAGCAAGUUCAGAUAGCACAACAAGUCCAAGAAGCGCAGCAAGUCCAGGCAGCGCAGCAUGUCCAGGUAGCCAAAGUACAAGUAGCGCAGCAAGACCAGGUAGCACAAGAUCAGGUAGCGCAGCAAGUUCAGAUAGCACAGCAAGUACAGGUAACGCAGCAAGUCCAGGUAGCGCAAGUACAAGUAGCGCAGCAAGUCCAUGUAGCACAACAAGUCCAAAAUAGCGCAGCAAGUCCAUUAACCGUAGCAAGUCCAUGUAUCGUAGCAAAUUCAGGAAGCGCAGAAACCCCAAGAAGUACAGCAAGUCCAGGUAGCGCAGCAAGUUCAGAUAGCACAUCAAGUCCAAUAAGCGCAGCAAGUACAGAUAACGCAGCAAGUCCAGGUAGCACAACAAGUCCAAGUAGUGCAGCAAGUCCAGGUAGCGCAGCAUAUCCAGGUAGCGCAAGUACAAGUAGCGCAGCAAGUCCAUGUAGAACAACAAGUCCAAAGUAGCGCAGCAAAUCAAGUAAGCGUAGCAAGUCUAUGUAUCGUACCAAAUUCAGGAAGCGCAGAAACCCCAAGAAGUGCAGCAAGUCCAGGUGGUGCAGCAAGUUCAUGCGUGGAUGACUUUACUAACCUUAAUUGAUUCAUCGAAAACCGAAGUGAUUGGCCAUAAACAAAGGCAAAUUAACAUUGUGAGAAGAUCUUUUUGACACCGGCUAAAACAGUCGUUCACGCUGAAUCAAGCACGUGACUUUACACGUUUUCUUCGACCUGAUAUUGAUAUUUUGUCAGUACAUUUCUAGAUUCAUGUCAUAUCAUUAUUUAUUAUACCAGAUUUAUAAUGUGCUCUAUUCAUGAUAAACGUGUUCAAAUUCGCUUUCUACUCCGGGCGCAAAAUUCAUCCUCUACUUGUAAAUGACCAGAGGGGCAGAGUAAGAGAAAGAUGGAUCCAUUAGAUACAGUCCUCUAACUCUGCAGAUAUACAGUCUGGUUCUUAUAACGUGCCCGGUGUAUAGCACCGAUACACGCGAAGCCGUCUUUCCUGUGAGGAACCAGUACUGGCCUCUUUAUUUUUCAAGUUUUCCAGUUAUAUAAUCCUUACCAAUGUUCCUGGAUGCCAAUAAAUGCCAAAUUCCCCACAUGAGUCGGGGACGGAGAGCGAAUGAUUUCAGGUCAGACUAAAUGCCUUGUAUCAUUUCGUCUCGGAGAACACAAGCCUCACCAGAGGAUCGAACUCAUGACACCGUGAUUCGCAGAUUUGUGCUCUCUCUCUCGAGCUCAGCGAGCGGGCUUAUAUGGGAAAUGUAGAUUGGUACUUACUGAUGAAUGUUUUUUAUUGAAAUAAUAAUGAACAUUUAAGUAUCAUUUCAACAGUUCCCUUAAUUGUCCAAAAAUAUUGAUAUUCCUAUAGCCCAAUUCAGCAUGAUAAAACACAGUGAAAUAACUAGAGCACUUUUCUGUACCUCUACGAUAAAACAAGUUAUAGAAUAUUUCUUAUCUCACGCCGAAGGCAGAGGGAUAUAGUUUUGGCGUCGUCCGUCUGGAGCUAUAAUAUCUAGGACGUUGAGUGGUAAAUUAAAAAAAAAAAAACUUCAUAUACAUAUUCACCACUACUGGAAAAUGCGGCCCGUCAAGUUUCAGUCAGAUUGCCCAUGUAACAUCAGAUUUAUUGCCCUUCGAAGUUUCUAGUGUUUGCUAUACAGGAUACGUUAAAUAUGGCAAUUUCUGCUUCAUAACUUGUGACAUAUUUGACCUAAAACUAUGAAACUUAAACUGAAUGUAGAUCACCAUAACUUGGUAAUGCACACACAACUUGGUCAUAAUCUCUUCAGUUACUUCAGAGUUAUUGCCCUUUAAUUGUUUAGAAAUCCACAUAUUUGUACAUAACAAACUAACCUUUUGGUAGAGAAUUUCAUUAAACUUAGUUAAUUUUUUUCCAUGAACGUUUAUUAUCAACAUGUGCAGUUAUGUACCCACACCCGGUCACCCCAUCGCCCUGGCUCUCCAUUUAUCAACAUGCAAAGUUGUACCUUCCCCCACCUCGC